AUGUUUGCUCACGCCUGGGGCACCAUCGCCUUGCUGGCAUCCUGUCUGGUGUCGACCAGUGGUGCCGUCACCUAUUCACCAGUGAAGCCUCCGUCAUACCCUCUGGCGGUGCGCAGUCCAUACUUGUCGGCAUGGAUCCCCGGUAAUCUGGUCGCGUCAUUGCCGAACAGCAACGCGCAGUUCUGGGCGGGGAACAACCUGGUUUGGUCAGUUAUUGCUCGCGUAGAUGGUAUCGCAUACAACCUGUUCGGCGUGGCCAGCCCUAACGACAAUACCGAGUCGGCCACCGUCACCGCCGCCACCUACACCUCCACCCACUCCACGUUUACCGUCACUGCGGGCUCGCGCGAGUUCAUCUUGGACUUCUUCUCGCCCGUCUCGCCUAAGAACUACGUGCGCCAGUCGCUGCCUUUCUCCUACUUGACCGUCACCGUCACCGCAGGCGACUCGGCCGCGGUGCAGAUCUACUCGGAUAUCGACUCGAGCUGGACCGGCCAGACGAGCGACUCGAGCUGGAGCUACUCCACCAGCGCGGAAACGGGCCUGUUCCAGAUCGAAGCCAAUGGAGCCGCCACCUAUUCGCAGAACAGCAACGGGCAAGCUCUGUGGGGCAGUGCCGUCUACGCGACUCGCCCGUCCGACAGCAGCUCGCUCUCCAUUCAGUCGGGCCCCCGCGUCUCCGUGCGAGAUCGUUUCAUUAUCAAUGGCACUCUGAGCGGGAAUCACGCCGACUGGACCUCGGGCGGCGUGGUGGGCUUUGCACAUGAUCUGGGCACCACCGCGAGUAAAUCCGCCGUGACCUUUGCCAUCGGCCACGUGCGCGAGGAGUCCAUUAAUUUCCUCGGCGCGGCCCAGACGGGUUACUACCGAGCCUCAUAUGAGAGCACCGCAUCCGCAGUCGUGCAUUUCCUAGAUGAUUACGCCUCGGCCUACAGAGAGUCGACCGACUUUGACGGACUGAUCGACUCCGCCGGAACGUCCAGCUACGGGUCUAAUUACUCGGAUAUUCUGGCGUUGUCUGUGCGACAGGUGUACGGAGGCAUCGAAUUGACUAUUCCGAACGAUUCUCUGGACACCAGUGAUGUCAAAGCGUUUAUCAAGGAAAUCUCCAGCGAUGGAAACAUCAACACCGUGGAUGUCAUCUAUGCCACGUUCCCCAUCUUCUACAGCCUGAGUCCCGAGUAUCUCAAACUGCUCCUUCUUCCGGUCUUCGAGUACCAGGGCAGCGAUGCCUAUACGAAAGAUUACGCGGUGCACGAGCUCGGUGCAAAUUAUCCCAAUGCCACGGGACAUCCAGCAGAUGGCGAGGAAAUGCCCAUCGAGGAGAGCGGCAACAUUAUCAUCCUGACUUAUGCGUAUCAAAAGGCUUCUGGAAACACCGACUUGUCGAACACGUAUUCUGCUCAGCUGAAGCAGUUCGCCGAAUAUCUCUAUGCGAAUGGCCUGUACCCAGCCUCCCAGCUGUCGCUCAAUGACGCACUGGGCGAAUUGGCCAAUCAAACCAAUCUCGCGGUCAAGGCCGCGGUGGGCCUGGCAUCGUACGGCGCGUUGACUGACCAGACAAACUACACGACGACUGGCAAAGAAUGGGCCGACAAAAUCUGGACUGAUCAUCUCGGGACCGACGGGGCGGGCACCCGCUUCCUGAUUCAAUACGACACUACUCCGUGGUUCCUCGUCUUCAACCACUACCCGGACGUACUCUUUGGCCUGAAAGUCUUCCCAGACGAAGCCUACAAUGCGACAGCCGAUUUCUACCCGACUGUACGAGGCACAGCGGGGGUCCCGCUCGAUGGAGCUAUCAACUGGGGCCAGACGAAUUGGCAGUCAUUUGUUGCUGCCACUGUUACUGGCGAUGCGCGCAAUCUCUUCAUCAGUGACUUGCACAGCUAUUUGGCAAAUGGGCUCAACACUGCGCCAUGGUCGGAUCGAUACUGGGUUGAGGCCAGUAAUGGGUAUUCCGCCGGACAGUCGUAUUCCUUCCGCGCGCGCCCGACCUUGGGUAGUCACUUUGCCCUGGCAGCCUUAUCAGGGGCUGAUAUCUGGAGCUCUUGA